AUGACCUCUAAAGCCUUCAAAUUGAAAGGCCUCUCUGAACAAGUCCACGGAGACUUCAUCAGAUAUGUUGGAAUAAGGCUACAGGCUCGCUUGGCCAGAGAGGGUGAGGAAAAGGCCAGGAAGGAAGCAGAAGAGAAAGCUCGCCUGGAAGAAGAGAAAAGGAUCAUAGAAGCUGAAGAAAAGGUUGUUGCUGAAGUUGCUGCUGCUGAGGCAAAAGCAAAAGCUGAAGCUGAAGAAGCAACACGCAUUGCUGUAGAGGAAGCUGCCAAGGCCAAUGUUGAUGCUUUGACUCAGGGGGAGCAAUCUAACUCUGGUUUAACCCCUCUGGUCUUAAAGACUCUAGAGGAACUGCAAAAGGAACAACAAGUGGUACGAGCAAGGUUGGAUCACCAGGAUUUCGUCAACACUAACAUUCAGAAUUUGUUGACUCAGCAGCUCCAAAGGAUGCCUCCGCCCCCAAACCCUUAG